AUGGUUAACAUUGCAUCCUCAUAAUCAUCGACUUGAAUCGCGUGAAAUACUUACCAUCUUACCACCUGUGUGUAACUAUGAAGCGAAACCCAUUUACGACUUCCUCCAGGAGGAAAAAUCGUAAGCGACACUUCAAUGCCCCUUCUCACGUAAGGAGAAAGUUGAUGAGUUCUCCACUAUCUAAGGAACUUAAACAGAAAUACAAUGUAAGAAGUGUACCAAUCAGAAAAGACGAUGAAGUGCAAGUAACUCGUGGACAUUACAAAGGUCAGCAGGUUGGUAAAGUUGUGCAAGUUUAUCGUAAAAAGAUGGUUGUAUACAUUGAAAGAAUCCAGCGUGAAAAAGCAAAUGGUGCCUCUGUUUAUGUUGGUAUACAUCCAAGUAAGGUCGUGAUCGUGAAGCUUAAAUUGGACAAAGACAGAAAGAAGAUCCUAGAAAAGAAAGCAGCAUCAAGAGUUGCAGCAGAUAAAACAAAAGGAAAACACACAGAAGAAUCUGUUGCCAUGGCGACCGAUUAAAAUUGACAUGUACAUUUUCUUUUUUUGUCAACAUUAAAAAGAGGAUGUAAAUA